AUGGGGCCUGAUUGUGCGAGCUGGCAACCCGGCUCGCCGACGAACGCCGGCCAGGGCGCUUGCGCAGCCGGCCUCUCGACCUUUACCGGCAACUUCGACAUCUGGCGCGCCUGGACAGCGCACGGCGACGACUACUCGGCGACAUUCGCUCAAUGGGGCAACUUCAUCGGCGCGACUUGUACGGGAGGCAAGACUGUCAAGUGUGAUCCCAAGUCGGGCCAGUACCCCAACCCGACGAACGGGAGGUGUCAAACGCAGCAAUGUGUUCUUGACAAGUCGUGCUGA